GAUAGCGGCGGCGGCGGGAGCGGCGAAGGGGGCGGCAGAAGGCAUUCUCGGGGCAGGCGGCUGGGAAGGUGUGGGCGACCCGGUGUGUGGCGCACCCGAAACCCUGCGUUUCAGCUCAGGGACGGAAGCCAGUUGAGGGAAAUUCUCCAUGAAUGUACGUCACAAUGAUGAUGACCGACCAAAUCCCUCUGGAACUGCCACCAUUGCUGAACGGAGAGAUACCCAUGUUGCCUCACUUGGUGAAUGGAGAUGCAGCUCAGCAGGUUAUUCUUGUUCAAGUUAACCCAGGUGAGACUUUUACAAUAAGAGCAGAGGAUGGAACACUUCAGUGCAUUCAAGGACCUGCUGAAGUUCCUAUGAUGUCACCCAAUGGAUCCAUUCCUCCCAUCCAUGUGCCUCCAGGUUACAUCUCACAGGUGAUUGAAGACAGUACUGGGGUCCGUCGGGUGGUGGUCACACCCCAGUCUCCUGAGUGUUACCCGCCAAGCUACCCCUCCGCCAUGUCUCCAACCCACCACCUGCCCCCCUACCUGACUCACCACCCUCAUUUUAUUCACAACUCCCAUACGGCGUACUACCCACCCGUUACUGGACCUGGAGACAUGCCGCCCCAGUUUUUUCCUCAGCAUCAUCUUCCCCCCACAGUAUAUGGCGAGCAAGAAAUUAUACCACUCUACGGAAUGUCAAGCUACAUUACCCGAGAAGACCAGUACAGCAAGCCUCCACACAAAAAACUGAAAGACCGCCAGAUUGACCGCCAGAACCGCCUCAAUAGUCCUCCGUCUUCCAUUUACAAAAGCAACUGCACAACAGUGUACAAUGGCUACGGGAAGGGUCACAGUAGCGGCAGCGGUGGAGGCGGCAGUGGUGGUGGGCCAGGAAUUAAGAAAACAGAGCGGCGAGCAAGAAGCAGUCCAAAGUCAAAUGAUUCAGACUUGCAAGAGUAUGAGUUGGAAGUAAAGAGGGUGCAAGACAUUCUUUCGGGAAUAGAGAAGCCACAGGUUUCUAAUAUUCAGGCAAGAGCAGUGGUAUUGUCCUGGGCUCCUCCUGUCGGACUUUCAUGUGGACCGCACAGUGGUCUUUCCUUCCCCUACAGUUAUGAGGUUGCCUUAUCAGACAAAGGACGAGAUGGAAAAUACAAGACAAUUUACAGUGGAGAAGAAUUAGAAUGUAACCUGAAAGACCUUAGACCAGCAACUGAUUAUCAUGUGAGGGUGUAUGCCAUGUACAAUUCCGUAAAGGGAUCCUUCUCGGAGGCAGUUAGCUUCACCACCCACAGCUGUGCGCCCGAAUGUCCUUUCCCUCCUAAGCUGGCACACAGGAGCAAAAGUUCACUAACUUUGCAGUGGAAGGCACCAAUUGACAAUGGUUCAAAAAUCACCAACUACCUUUUAGAAUGGGAUGAGGGAAAAAGAAACAGUGGCUUCAGACAGUGCUUCUUCGGGAGCCAGAAGCACUGCAAGUUGACAAAGCUUUGUCCAGCAAUGGGGUACACGUUCAGGCUGGCCGCUCGGAAUGACAUUGGCACCAGUGGUUAUAGCCAAGAGGUGGUAUGCUACACAUUAGGAAACAUCCCUCAGAUGCCAUCUGCACCAAGACUUGUUCGAGCUGGUGUCACAUGGGUCACGUUGCAGUGGAAUAAGCCUGAAGGCUGUUCACCUGAGGAGGUGAUUACCUACACCCUGGAAAUUCAGGAGGACGAAAAUGAUAACCUUUUCCACCCAAAAUACACUGGAGAGGAUUUAACCUGUACUGUGAAAAAUCUCAAAAGAAGCACACAAUAUAAAUUCAGGCUGACAGCUUCUAAUAUGGAAGGGAAAAGCUGUCCCAGUGAAGUUUUGGUUUGUACGACAAGUCCCGACAGGCCUGGGCCUCCUACCAGACCCAUCAUUAAAGGACCAGUUACAUCUCAUGGCUUUAGUGUCAAAUGGGAUCCUCCAAAGGACAAUGGUGGUUCAGAAAUCCUCAAGUACUUGCUGGAGAUCACUGAUGGAAAUUCUGAAGCAAAUCAGUGGGAAGUGGCAUACAGUGGAUCGGCUACAGAAUACACUUUCACCCACUUGAAACCAGGCACUUUGUAUAAACUUCGAGCAUGCUGCAUCAGUACUGGUGGACACAGUCAGUGUUCUGAAAGUCUCCCUGUUCGCACACUAAGCAUUGCACCAGGUCAGUGUCGACCACCGAGGGUUUUGGGUAGACCAAAGCACAAAGAAGUCCACUUAGAGUGGGAUGUUCCUGCAUCUGAAAGUGGCUGUGAGGUCUCAGAGUACAGUGUGGAGAUGACAGAGCCUGAGGAUGUAGCUUCGGAGGUGUACCAUGGGCCAGAGCUGGAGUGCACAGUGGGCAACCUGCUUCCCGGAACCAUGUAUCGUUUCAGGGUGAGGGCUCUGAAUGAUGGAGGGUAUGGUCCCUAUUCAGAUGUCUCUGAAAUUACCACUGCUGCGGGGCCUCCUGGACAAUGCAAAGCACCUUGUAUUUCUUUUACACCUGAUGGAUCUGUCCUAGUGAGUUGGGAGAGUCCUGAAAGCUCUGGUGCUGACAUCUCAGAGUACAGAUUGGAAUGGGGAGAAGAUGAAGAAUCCUUAGAACUCAUUUAUCGUGGGACAGACACCUGCUUUGAAAUAAGAGAUCUGUUGCCUGCUGCCCAAUAUUGCUGUAGAUUACAGGCCUUCAAUCAAGCAGGAGCAGGGCCGUACAGUGAGCUUGUCCUUUGCCAGACACCAGCAUCUGCCCCUGACCCUGUCUCCACUCUCUGUGUCCUGGAAGAGGAGCCCCUUAAUGCCUACCCUGAUUCAUCUUCUGUGUGCCUUGUACUGAACUGGGAAGAGCCUUGCAAUAAUGGAUCUGAAAUCCUUGCUUACAACAUUGAUCUUGGAGACAGUAGCAUUACUGUGGGCAAUACCACCACCCACGUUAUGAAGGAUCUCCUUCCAGAGACCACCUACCGGAUCAGAAUUCAGGCUAUAAAUGAAAUUGGAGCUGGACCAUUUAGUCAGUUCAUUAAAGCAAAAACUCGGCCAUUACCACCCUUGCCUCCUAGACUAGAAUGUGCUGCAGCUGGUCCUCAGAGCCUGAAGCUAAAAUGGGGCGACAGUAACUCUAAGAUGCAUGCUGCGGAUGACAUGGUGUACACACUACAGCUGGAGGACAGAAACAAGAGGUUUAUUUCAAUCUACAGGGGACCCAGCCACACAUACAAGGUCCAGAGACUGACAGAAUUCACUUGCUACUCCUUCAGAAUCCAGGCAGCAAGCCAGGCUGGGGAAGGGCCCUUUUCAGAAACCUACACCUUCAGCACAACCAAAAGUGUCCCCCCCACCAUCAAAGCACCUCGAGUAACACAGUUAGAAGGAAAUUCAUGUGAAAUUUUAUGGGAGACGGUACCACCAAUGAAAGGUGACCCUGUUAACUACGUUCUGCAGGUAUUGGUUGGAAGAGAAUCUGAAUACAAACAGGUAUACAAGGGAGAAGAAGCCACAUUCCAAAUCUCAGGCCUCCAGACCAACACAGACUACAGGUUCCGCGUGUGUGCGUGUCGUCGCUGUUUAGACACCUCUCAGGAGCUAAGCGGAGCUUUCAGCCCCUCUGCGGCUUUUGUGUUACAACGAAGUGAGGUCAUGCUUACAGGGGACAUGGGGAACUUAGAUGAUCCCAAAAUGAAGAGCAUGAUGCCUACUGAUGAACAAUUUGCAGCCCUCAUUGUGCUUGGCUUUGCAACUUUGUCCAUUUUAUUUGCCUUUAUAUUACAGUACUUCUUAAUGAAGUAAUCAAACCCAACAAAAUUAGAGGUAUGAAUUUAAUUACUGCAACACGUUUUAAUACACACUCUUAUUCAGAUACUCCCUUUUUUAAGCCCUUUUGUUCUUUGAUUUAUAUACUUUUCUUGUUUUACAGAUUUAGCUAGGAAAAAAUUGUCAGUGUUUUGGUGCACCUUUUUGAAAUACAAAACUAGGAAGAGGUUAAACUGGAUUUUUUUUUUUUUUUUUUAAAGAGAAGCAACCCAGAUACCAAAAUCUAGCUUUCUUAUGUUUUCUUUUAAGUUUUCAGAUUUGCCUUUGUUCUAUUUCACUGAUGUCUUUUGCAAGCCUUUAAUUUUUUUUCUUUUUAUAUACGAUGUAGUAAUUUAUAUUCACCAGUCACUUCUUGUGUCUUGAUCAUCUGUAUCUUAUAAACAUGAAUCACUGUGUGUAGUUACAGGGCUAGGAUUUCGGUGUUGUCAAAGUAUUACCACACAGCAGCAGAAGCAUACAGAAGAUGUGUUCACUCAGAUAAGGCUGCCCUAAACAACCAUUUUGUCAUUCAAUUAUUUAACUGUGUUUAGCUCAUUUAAAUCAAAAUGUGUACUUUAAAAUAUUUUAAUAAUCUGUACUUCUUAUGAUUUUAACACUAUGAGCUGCCUGUAUAAGAAAUCAAGUAACCAAAAUGCACCUAUAUAAAUGAUGGAGCAUUGUAGAUUUUAUCAUGCUGAUUCAUAGCAGUAACUUUAAGAGGGCAUUGUGCAAUAGUUAGUUGUUUCCUUGUUCAGCUAUUUUAAAAGCUGCUUUAACUUGUUUGUGUGUCUUUGUAUAUAACUACUUCUAAUCUAAUCACUAGAGUUAUUAUAUUCUGUUAUGUUCAACCAGAAUUAUAUGACAAGAACUGGUGACAGUUUAGUGCCUCUGCCCAUUGUCCACGAUUUACACUAAUUGUGAGUAAUCUUCUCACAUGUCAGCUCAUUGUUUUUGAAAGAUUUGCCUUUAGGCUGUUCUUUGAGGUAUCCAUGAAGUGAUUGAAUUCCAGUACCUUAAUUCAGUGCACAUAAUACUAAUGUAACAGCAGAUGAAAAUUGAUAAAGCCCAAAAAGAGAGUCAUCUAAAUUUGUAGUUAUUUCUAUGGGGUUGGCCUGGCCAUGUGUGGAGAAGGAAUGGUAUUUGGUGGUAAGCACAGGGUGUUUGGGGGUCAAAGAACCUAGAUUUUCUCCCUGGAUCUGUCACUAACUUGCUGCGUGACCUGAAUAUGUCACUUUACCUCUCUGUGCCUCAGUUUUCCCAUGCAUGAAAAAUAAAAUAAAAUAAAAUGGGGAUUCUAAUGUUUGUAAGUGCUUUGAGAUCUUUGAUCAACAGGUGCUAUUGGAGUGCAAAGUGUUACUCUUGCAUGUUUAUUUUGAGUCAUGAGAUAAUCAAUUUUAACCCAAAGUCAUUGGAUUAUUUAUAUGAAGUCCAUAAUGUUUGAGUACCUCAGGGACAUUUAAGAGUUGGAGGUGCAAAUAUAUUCCAAAAGGGUGCAACAGACACAGUGUAUCCCCCUUCUUCUGUUUUUGUAUAUUUUUGCUACUUGGUUUUUCUUGAUCAUAGCUAUUUUGUGCUUGGACUAUGUUGUCUAAGAUGCAGUAUCCUGUACUAGCUUAUAAUAUUCCCAUACCAAAGUCAUGGGGAAACCAACAUUAUUUUGUUUUUGGUUUAUUUAUACUAUAUUCUGCAUACAGUACUUUAAAUGCCAAUUACAGUGCAAUCUUUAUUUAUUGUAAAAAUUUUUAAAUGUACUUAUGUACUAAUUUUCCCUUGUAGCAUGUUAUUUUUUGUGUGUUUUAUACUUUUGUAAUUUUAGGUCAGUCUUGUUCCUUGGCAACAUCGGUAGUAUUAAUCCUCUGACAUUUUCUUGUGUUUUUAAAGAUAAGAGCAUCUAGUGCAUUUAAUGCCAAAAAAAAAAAAAAAAAAAAAAAUCCAUUAUCAGUGAUUGAAACGUUUACAUGUACCCCAAAAACCAUAA